AUAAGCUCAAUUCAACCCACAACCCGCAUACACCAAAUGACAAAUAAGGCCCAAACUCCUACCAAAACCCCUAACUUGGUUCAUCCUUCGAAUUUUCAUCAGUUUUCUUUCUUCAACCUUCAACAAUCAACAACACCAACUUCUGGUUUUCGUUAGUUUCAUUUUGUUAUAAUUUGAGUGAUUAGAAAAUGGUGAGUCAAAGACAAAGAGAAGCUCGAAAGAAGUUCAAACAAGAAAACCCUGGUUUAUUCCCAAAACCUGAACCAACUCCACCAAAAGAUCCCACUAAAAUAAAGAAGAAAAAACCCAACUUUAAGCACAAAAAAUCUGAUUCCAAAACCCUAGAUAAAUCCCGUAAAAAUUCGUCCUUUUCUAAAAAGCCCUUGAGAGUUCCUGGGUUGAAACCUGGUGAUUGUUGUUUUAUUUGCAAAGAUGUGCAUCAUAUUGCCAAGAAUUGCCCGGAAAAAGCUCAGUGGGAAAAGAAUAAGAUUUGUUUAUACUGUCGACAACGCGGUCAUAGUCUGAAGAACUGUCUAAACAAGAGUGAAGAAGUCGCCGAAGAGAAGUUAUGUUAUAAUUGUGGUGAAACUGGGCACUCCCUGUCUAGAUGCCCACGUCAACUGCAAGAUGGCGGAACAAAGUUUGCCUUGUGCUUUAUCUGCAAAGAGCGUGGACACUUGAGUAAGAAUUGUCCAAAAAAUACUCAUGGGAUAUAUCCGAAGGGUGGGUGCUGUAAAAUAUGCAGUGGUGUAACUCAUUUAGCUAGAGAUUGCCCAAACAAAGGAAACAGAUUUGGCGCUGCUGCCAAUGGAGGAGGUAUAAACGAGCAGCCACGACGAUCACAAGUAACAAAGUUGAUCAGUGGGGAUGAUCUUGAUGACGACUUCAUGAUUGAGGAGGAUAACAAAGCGAACGCUGCGUCUGGAAUGGCUGUGGAUGAUGAGUGUAAGCUGAAAUUUCGUGAGCUGAAAGCAAAAAGAUCAUACCGCUUUAUCACCUUUAAAAUAGAAGAACAACAAGUGGUGGUUGAUAAGGUUGGAAGUCCCGAAGAAAGCUAUGAAGAUUUUACCAACUCUUUGCCUGCUGAUGAAUGUCGUUAUGCCGUCUAUGAUUUUGAUUUCACCACUGAUGAGAACUGCCAGAAGAGCAAGAUUUUCUUCAUUGCCUGGUCUCCAGACACCUCAAGGGUGAGAAUGAAGAUGGUGUACGCAAGCUCAAAGGAUAGGUUCAAGAGAGAACUUGAGGGCAUUCAAGUUGAAUUACAGGCCACAGAUCCUAGUGAAAUGAGCUUUGACAUCAUUAAAGCUCGAGCAUAUUAAAACGACACCGCCCUUCGUCGCUUUAAUUCAGCAAUUCUACUUUGUUGCUGCUUAUUUCUGAUCAGCAUUGUUGCUUAAGAGUCCUUUAUUCUUAAAAACCAAAACAACAAAAAAAGAUGGUCCAAAAUGGUUUUUGAUUAUUUCCAGAAACAAAACUAGUGCAGAGAUGUAACAAAUUGUGCACUCUUUAAAUCAUUUUUCAGUUCUAUCGCUUGUCUGUGUGCUAUUACUUAAUUCGUUCUUGUUCACGGACAUAAUUUACAUGAAACUUCUUAUUGAUGGA